AUGGCAGACAUGGACAGAAGAAAUCAGACCAGCAUCUAUGAAUUUCUUCUCAUGGGCCUCUCUGAGCACCCAGAGCAGCAGCUUCUCCUGUUCGGGCUCUUCCUGGGCAUGUACCUGGUUGCCGUCCUGGGAAACCUGCUCAUCAUUCUGGCCAUCAGCUCUGACGUGCAACUUCACACCCCCAUGUACAUCUUCCUGGCCAACUUGUCCUUUUCUGACAUUGGUUUCAUCUCUACAGUGAUUCCCAAGAUGCUAGAUAAUAUUGGCUCAGGAAGUAAACUCAUUUCUUACCAUGAAUGCCUUACACAACUGUAUUUCUUUGGCUUAUUUGCAGAUCUGGAUAACUUUCUCCUGGCUGUGAUGGCACUUGACCGCUAUGUAGCCAUCAGCCACCCUCUGCAUUAUGCCAUGAGCAUGAACGCCCAACGCUGUAUCCUGUUGGUGGGUGGGGCAUGGGUGGUCACUACCCUCCAUGCCCUAGUGCAUACCCUCCUAGUGACCAGGCUCUCUUUCUGUGGCCCCAAUAUCAUCCCCCAUUUCUUCUGUGAUCUGGUCCUCCUCCUGAAGCUGGCCUGCUCCAGUACUUAUGUGAAUAACCUGAUGCUCUUCCUUGUGGCAGGAACACUGCUAAUUGGACCCUUUGUCUGCAUCCUUACAUCUUACUUUUACAUUGCAUUGGCUGUUCUAAGGAUUGAUUCCCCAAAGGGUAAGCAAAAGGCCUUCUCCAACUGUACCUCCCACCUCUCUGUGGUCUCUCUGUUCUACGGUACAGCUAUUGGGGUCUAUUUAUGUCCUCCAUCAUCCUCCUCAGAUGGAAAGGACAGAGUUUUCUCAGUGAUGUAUACCGUGGUCACCCCCAUGCUGAACCCUUUCAUCUACAGCCUGAGAAACAGGGAUAUGAAGGAGGCCCUGGGAAAACUACUCAGAAGAAAAACACUCCAAAAGUCUUUUUAG